CCAAACCCUAAAUCCUCGCCGAGACUCCGACGAUUUCCCGAGCACGCGCCGGCGAUGAGCAGCAACGCUUCGAACUUUCUUGAAGAGGCGCUGGAGAUCGGCGGUGGGCGCACCAUCGGUGGGCGAGUCGUUCUGGUCGAGGAUUGCGUGGAGACGAGCGGCGCCUUUGUUCUCCAUCACCUCAUGAAGCGCGUUCUCUCGCCUGAAUCCCGUGGAGCCGUUCUUCUCCUCGCCUUCGCUCACCCCUUCUCACACUAUGACCGCAUUCUGAGGAAAAUGGGUUGUAAUCUAUCAUCUCAAAGAGAGAGCAAUAGACUGCAGUUCCUGGACAUGCUUAGGAUGGAGCUUCCAGAUCAAAUUGAUGGAGAAAUCAAGGAAGUAGGGUUUCAAGAAUUAUUUAGCAAGCUGCAAACAGCUAUAGAAGUUAUCGGUGAAAGAGGAAACAACGAUGGUGGCAUUACCAUCAUGAUAGAUGACAUUUCUAUGUUGGAAACUGCUGCUCAUGGUUGUUUGGAUCAAAUCUUAGACUUCCUCCACUAUUGCAUUACACUUACCUCUGAAUAUGGCUGUGCUCUGGUGAUUCUAAGCCAUGGAGAUAUAUAUUCCAGCGAUGAAGCAACUGGGCUCCUUUCAUCGCUGGAGUACCUCGCUGAUAUAGUGGUAAAGACCGAGCCAUUGGCAACUGGUUUAGCUGCUGAUGUGCAUGGACAACUGACUGUUUUAAACCGUGGGAGUCUCAAGGACAAUGGGUAUUCAAUGAACAAAUUCCGCAAUUUUCACUUCAAAUUGAAGGAAAAUGGUGCUGAGUAUUUUUAUCCAGGGAGUAGAAAAACUUGAAAUAAUAAUGUGCAUAUAUUUAUAUAUAUAUAUACACACAAAAUGUCAUGUGCAUCUGUGGUUAUUCACCUUUGUCCAUACGGCUUGUAUAAUUGAUUGCCAUGUAACUUUAUAUUAUAUAUAUAUAUAUCAGAAACUUGGGUAAAUUUUGUUUUA